AUGAUUUCGAAGGCAGUCACGCUUUCUCUCCUCGCAGGCAGCGCUCUCGCUGUCCCGCUCGAGGCUAACAUUGCGAAGCGAAGCUGCCCGAACAUCCACGUCUUUGGUGCACGCGAAACCACCGUAUCCCCCGGCUACGGCUCAUCCAUCACGGUCGUCGAUGAUGUUCUCAAUGCCUACCCAGGCUCUACCUCUGAGGCGAUCAGCUACCCGGCAUGCGGUGGGCAGGCUUCGUGUGGUGAUGUCAGCUACUCCAGUUCAGUCGCUCAGGGCAUCGCAGCCGUUGCCUCCGCCGUGAACUCCUUCAAUUCGGAGUGUCCAGACACACAGCUCGUCCUGGUUGGAUACUCGCAGGGAGGCGAAAUCAUGGAUGCUGCCUUGUGCGGCGGCGGUGACCCUAACCAAGGCUACACCAACACAGCGGUCCAGCUGUCCGCGGCCGCAGUGAAUAUGGUAAAGGCGGCCAUCUUCAUGGGUGACCCGCUGUUCAGAGCGGGCUUGUCAUAUGAAGUUGGAACCUGCGCUGCUGGCGGCUUCGAUGAACGCCCUGCCGGGUUUAGCUGCCCGUCAGCCAGCAAGAUCCAGUCGUACUGUGAUGCCACGGAUCCGUAUUGCUGCAACGGCAGUGACGCCGCAACCCACCAGGGCUACGGAGCCGAGUACGGUGCACAGGCAUUGGCCUUCAUCAAGACCAAGCUGUCCUCUUCCUCCUCGGGAUCCACUACUACCACUACCAUUACCACUACCACGGGAUCUGGAAGUACUUCUACCGGCACUGUCGCUGAAUGGGGACAAUGCGGUGGACUGGGCUGGACAGGAGGUACAGUGUGUGCGAGCCCGUACACGUGCAAAGCGGCGAAUGCGUAUUAUUCGCAGUGUCUCUAA